UUUUGUUUUCUUAUCAAAUCUAAAUUCUUUCUUCCGAACUUCUCUCUGUCCCAUCGAAUCUUUUUUCUGAGUGGCUAGUUUUUUGUUUUUUCUUUAAUAAUAACUACAAUACAUAGCAAAGCUCCAUUAUUUUCGCUCUGUCAGACACAGCUUCAGUUUCCCUACAAAACGAAUUAUAAUCAGAUCUAGACCGUUAAUCUCACGACCUACAUAAAUAUAGACGGUUCAGAUUUACUGAGCCAUUUUGUAACUUUAAUUCGCCGGCUCUCUUGCCGUGUUUUCGAUUUUGACAAACGAAAAAAAAAUCUUCAAUGAGAUAACAAUAAUAUCAGCAGCGGAACAAGGAUUGAGAAAAGGAACCUUUCCCUUUUAAUAAGCCGAUAUAGAUCCUUGGAGGAGAAUUUGUAGCAGACCGAUCUCUGUCUGUUGUCUCUGUUUCUACGAAUCUCUGUGUUUGUCGGAAAUCGUAAAUUAUGGGUUUGUGGGAUGCUCUUCUCAAUUGGCUUCGCAGCCUCUUCUUCAAGCAAGAAAUGGAGCUUUCAUUGAUAGGACUUCAAAAUGCAGGAAAGACAUCACUUGUUAACGUUGUUGCAACCGGUGGAUACAGUGAAGACAUGAUCCCUACGGUUGGUUUCAACAUGAGGAAAGUGACAAAAGGAAGUGUCACGAUCAAGCUUUGGGAUCUCGGUGGUCAACCUAGGUUCCGCAGCAUGUGGGAACGUUACUGCCGUUCUGUUUCCGCGAUUGUGUAUGUAGUUGAUGCUGCUGAUCCUGAUAACCUCAGUGUCUCGAAGAGUGAACUCCAUGAUUUGUUGAGCAAGACGUCGCUUAAUGGUAUCCCUCUCCUAGUCCUUGGGAACAAAAUCGACAAGCCUGGAGCUUUGUCCAAAGAAGCCCUAACCGAUGAAAUGGGUCUCAAGUCACUGACAGAUAGAGAAGUCUGUUGCUUCAUGAUAUCUUGCAAGAACUCUACCAACAUCGAUCAAGUCAUUGAUUGGCUUGUAAAGCACUCCAAAUCAUCGAAUUAAACUUUACCCCAAAAGGAGAGAAGUCAACUCUCUGCAGUUGUCGAUCUUUCUUGUGUUUUUGGUCAUUUGAUGAUGAUGAUGGUGAUUGUGGAAGAAGACACAGCUUUUUUCUUUUAUCCUGUGAAAAACAAGAUUUGUCUAUGUUCUCUGUCUGAUUCUUUAUCUGUCUUUCUUCUGCGUAUGUGGCUGUGUUCUCUGUAUAUUAGAUUUGAUUGGUGUUCCCUCUUCUUAAAGCCAUGAUGAGAUCACUUCCUUCGGGGUCAGCUUUUUCAAUUUUACGAGUUCAUUGCAUGUUUUGAAAGAACAACAAAAUAUGUUGCGUUUUUCGUAAUUUUGAAAAACUUGAGGCCAAAAACGGAUAUUUUCGAAAAA